AUGUAUCUGAGGCAAUUCGCUUUCUGCCUUCUGGUCUUUCUCGGGGCAGCCUGUGAGCCAGCCACGGCCGGCAGAUCGACCAAGCGCUUUGCAAACAUUAGCACCUGCGACAUCAACGGAGUUGCGCCCAAGGUGAAGGCUCCCAAAGCCAACGUUUGGUCUCCAAUCUCCCCCGGAGACAACCUUGCUGUCUGGAAUCUCCUUCACCAGCCAGACACGGGCCUUAAUCUCACAGAUCCCAGUAAAGCUACGAUAACAGACAACUACGUCUAUUGGAUAGACACUCUGCCCGCCAACAAGUCCAACGUUCUGCCAUAUCUCCAUGGGGCUGCCAAUCCGCCACCAAAGUAUGCGCGGGUGGUCAUUUUCCGAGGCGGACAGGAAGUGCCAGAUUCUCAAGAGUACAUGGUCGGGCCUCUUCCCGUAACGGCUGACACAAGGGUUGAGGAACUCGACUACAUCUUCAACGGCGGUAGCGGAGGGAAUAUUCCUUUCAACAGCCGCUAUUUCGAUGCUGCCCGCGAAGCAGCCACCGAGCCGUUGUUGAUUUCGGUCAUGAGGAACAUCUCAGACAUUACGUCGGAGCUAAUUGGCGGCGUAUACCACGGGCUGGGAGACAAUCGAACGACUCUCCUUCCAACCAGUGGCACGCCUAUGUCUUACGACGGUACCCAAGCCUUCCGCACCGUUAUGUUCAGAUACCCUAAUGCGGCAGCGUAUCUGACACCCUUGGACUUUUUCGUAAUGCUGGACAUCAACGGAACGGAUGCUUCGCGUUACAGAUUGAGGGGGAUCGUCACCAACGAAAGAUUCUUCCCUACGACUGCGGCUAUCAGGGCUGCUUGGGUGGAAGGAGGGCUGAAGAAACAGUUCAAACAAACGCGGAACCCGGAUUGGGCGCUUCUCGAUUACAAGUCUGAGCUUGGCGUCCGAGAUUUGGAACACAGGCUGGCGCCCCAGAGUCUUGAGAUUGGAGGCAAACGUUACAAGAUCGACGAGGAAGAAAAGUACAUCGAAUACAUGGGCUGGUCUUUCUACACCUCGUACUCUCGAACACUUGGGCUCAUGUACUACGACAUCAGGUUCAAGGGCGACAGCGUCAUCUACGAGCUCUCGCUGCAGGAAGCUACAGCUCAGUAUGCCGGCUUCACACCGAGUGCUGCUGGAACAGUCUAUCAAGAUACGCAUUACAGCUUAGGUACUGACCUCGGUACCUUGGUUGAGGGAUACGACUGUCCGUUCGGCAGCACAUUCUGGAACGUCACACAUCACGAGGGCAACUCCUCGGUCGUCAAUACCGAUGCUAUAUGCAUCUUCGAAGCAGAUGCUGGCUACCCUAUCUCACGGCAUAGAUUUGAAACGGAAAACAAGUAUGGGUUCAGCUACCUCGGAACUGUCAAAGCGUCGGCUCUUACUAUGCGGUCCAUUGCAACCGUUGGUAAUUAUGACUACAUGUUCGACUAUUCUUUUCAUGUCGAUGGUUCUCUCGAGGUCGUGGUCCGAGCUUCUGGAUUCAUACAAGCCUCUUUCUACCACCCUGACCAGGAGCAAUUUGGACCUAGGGUUCAGGAAGCAACCAUGGGGUCCCUUCACGACCACAUCUUGACUUACAAGGCCGAUUUUGACAUCGUUGAUACCAAAAACAGUCUCGAAGUGAGCCAACUCGUGUUGGUCAACCAGACGCAGCCAUGGUACCCCGAGCUUGGUUUCUUUGAGCAGAUGCAGCUGCAGAAGUCCACAAUGAAGGGUGAGCAGCAGUUCAACUGGCAACCAAACCAAGCAGCCAUGUAUUGUGUCGUCAAUCCCGGAGCCAACAACUCGUGGGGCGAGAAGCGCGGCUACCGAAUCAUCCCUGGAAGAUCCAACAUCCACCUCACGUCCCUCGACUCUCCCUGGACCAAGCACCAGAGCCCGUUUGCCAAGUCUCACCUGGCGCUCUCUCGACAGCACGACAAUGAGCCGUAUGCGAACAGUCAUUCAAACGUCAACCUGCCUCUGAAACCCCAGCAGGAUUUCCUCAAGUUCUUUGAUGGCGAGAGCGUGGAGAACGAGGACAUCGUUCUCUGGUUCAACUUGGGCAUGCACCACUUCACGAGGUCCGAGGACGUCCCCGUCACGCUUUACAACGAGGCCGUCAGCAGCAUAGUCUUUGCGCCCCAAAACUUCCACGACAGAGCGCAGGACGGCGAUCUGCGCAACAGGAGAUGGAUUUCUGUCAACAAGACGUCUGGGGAACUUGGGUUCGACUCCUACGGCGUCGAGCUACCCUCGCAAUGCCGAGUUGAGUUUUCAGAGCCUGUUUUGGGCAUCAAGAAAAAUGAGGGGGGGGCUUGA